GCGGCCGGAGAUCCAGGCAGAGCUCAGAGCUGGUGGAGAAGCCUCCUGGAGGGGAGAAGCCGUACGAAUGUGGGGAAUGUGGGAAGGGUUUCAGCUACACGUCCCAGCUGAUCCGGCACCAGAGGAUCCACACUGGGGAGAAGCCCUAUGAGUGUGGGGAUUGUGGGAAGUGUUUCAACUACAGCUCCAGCCUGAUCCGGCAGCAGGUGAUCCACACAGGGGAACGGCCCUACACCUGCUUGGAAUGUGGGAAGAGCUUUGGGUGGAGCUCUGACCUUAGAAAACACCAGCGCCUCCACACUGGGGAGAGGCCCUACGAGUGUCCUGAAUGUGGGAAGAGCUUCUCACAGAGCUCUCACUUGACCCAACACCAACGGAGUCACCACUGGGGGAAGCCCAGUGAGUGCCCGAGUGGUGUCCUCUUAAAAACCAUCUCUCAAACUGAGACACCCUACAAGAGCUUAGAACAUGGAAUGAGCUCCACCCAGAGCUCCCACUUGAUGCGGCACCAGGAGAUCCAAACUAGGAAAUAUCCCUGCUGGUGCUUGGAAGGCGGGAAGAGCUUCAGCAAGAAUCCCCACAGCAUCAAGGACCACAAGAUUCACUCUGGGGAGAGGCCCUACGUGUGUGGGGAGUGUGGGAAGAGCUACUCACAGAGCUCUCACUUGACCCGACACCAACGGAGGCUCCACUAAGGGAAGCCCUGUGAGUGCCCCGAGUGUGGGAAGAGCUUCGUGCUCUGCUCCAGCUCCAUCCCCCAUGGGAGGAUUGGUGUUGGAUGAUCCCUAGUGACCCCCGUUGGGCAGAGCCCUGGUGAUCCGCGGUCUUGGUGAUCUCC